UGGUGGAUGGAGCUGGAAAUUUGAACUGUGUGAUAAUUUUAAUCGUUUCUCCAGUUAAAAGAAUAAUUUAAAUAUGGCAGAAGAAUUGUGUAUUAACAAAUGAAAGACAGCUCUACUGUAACACAAGUUGAAUGUCAUUUUCAUUGAGGCAUUGAAAAUUUUUAUCAUAAAUGGAACAUUUUAUAGUAUUAUGGUGCCGGGCGGUGAGGGACGGACCGCUCCCCAAAAAAUUCCUGGGGAUUUUUCGACCUGGAUUUCAUUCUGGGUUGAAGGAGGUGACCUUUUAGUUAUGAUUAUAGAUCUAACACCUUCUGUUGAAUUGAUGAGAAAAGAAGAGCAUGUAAUAACACAGUGCAUUGAUGGAAUAAUGGUGUUUUGCAAUUCUCAUUUAAUGUUGAGUUCAAGAAACAAAUUAGCUGUGAUUGGUUGUUAUACACACAAAAGUUGCUUUCUUUAUCCUCAUCAGAAUGCAAAAACUGUUCUUCAGUCUAAAGAUGGACAAUAUGAAUUAUUUUCUGAAGUUGAUAAUUCAAUUAAAGAAAAUAUCAAAAGUCUUGUUCUAGAGAAUACACAAGAAAUUGUAUCAACUGAUUCACUUCUUGCAGGUGCAAUCUGCAUGGCAUUAUGCUAUAUUAAUCGCAUUAGAAAAGAACAGUUGACUAAUAAAAAUAUACCUUCAAGAAUUUUGGUUUUUACAUCAUCAGGUGAUAAUGCGUCCCAGUAUAUGAAUUUUAUGAAUGCAUUCUUCACUGCACAAAAAGAGGGAAUUAUAAUUGAUGCAUGUAUUUUAGAAAAAGAUUCUGGACUUCUUCAACAGGGAUGUGAUAUAACUGGAGGGAUUUAUCUGAAAAUACCAAAUCCUGCAGGUUUUCUACAAUAUUUAUUGUGGGUUUUUCUUCCUAAUGAUAAAACAAGAAAAGAAAUGGUGUUACCUCCACGUAUCCAUGUUGAUUAUAGAGCUGCAUGUUUUUGUCAUAGAACUCUUAUAGAAAUUGGUUAUGUGUGUUCUGUUUGUCUUUCAAUAUUUUGCUCAUUCAGUCCAAUAUGUUCUACAUGUCAGACAACAUUCAAGUUUGCAGGAACACUUCCACCAUUAAAAGUAAAAAAGAAGAAAAGAAUUGGAAUCUAAUGGAAUAAAAUCAGAAUCAUUUGUAUAAAAUGAACUGUUUAUUUGUAAUUUAUAAAAAAAAUUGUUAUAAAUUUAAUAUGUAACAGUACAAAUACGUAU